UCCGCCACACAGAAUAAUAAAUCUUGACGGUUUUUGCAGAGUUGGAGCUCGGGUCGCGGUUGUCAGUCGCUGCCCUGGAAGAUACAGCGCGUCCCCUCUUAUCUCAGCUGGAUCUGGACUCUUUACAUUUUGCUUGUGGAGCGCUGCACCGGUCUUCUCAUCUCAUCUUUUUUUUGUGUGUGUGUGCGUGUGAGCGCUUUGAGCCGAGCGCUGUUUUAACUGGUGAACGAUGCACAGUUCGGGCAGGCCGUGCUAUGGGGAGCUCAGUGUUAUAUGACCGUAAGCGCUGCUAGCGUGCUUAAAAAGUGAAGAGAAUGAAGAGAAGCCAGUAAAAUGAAGAAGAGAAGCGUGAUGGAUUAGCUACGCUGAUGAAAAGAUCUCUCGAAACAUCUGCCCUCUGACACAGUGAUGACCUGGAAUUCAGUGAAAACCUUCACCUUAUUUUGACAAGAAACUAUUAAAUCUCAGCUCUGAUUUAUGUGUUGGGACGCAUUUAGAGUUUACAUUUUACGAAAUGUGUCUAAAUAAAUGAUAAAGCUACAUACAUUGCUUUCUAUGGUGCCAGUGGCAGGCAGAUAGUUUGAGUCACUGAUUCAUUGGCAGUGCUAGAUGAAGAUGGAUAGAUGGUGCUGAAUCCAGUAGCUGCAGAGUGCUAACUGAGCUGCUGUGUAAGCAGCUUGAUCUCUGGAUGAUUGAAGACAGAUAGCAUUUUAACUGACCAACAAAGGCACACUAGACAUCCCUAGAUGUGCAGCUGCAGAUAGCAGUAGUUUCAAGUUUCAUUGAGCUUGUGAAAGGCCAGAUAGACACUGUAGUUUAGUUCGUGCAAUGAAUCCUAGAGACAGCGUGGAGAUGAUGGAGACCGAGGCGGGGGGUCAGAAGGAAAAGCUGGUUGGAGUCAAGGUCAGCCCUGGAAACGAUGUUGACGGCGAAGAUGACAAAAUCCCCGGGGCCUACGACUGCAACAUCUGUGGACGCAGCUUCCCCUUCCUCAGCUCUUUGUCGCAGCACAUGAGACGCCACACAGGUGCACGGCCAUACAAAUGCCCCUACUGCGACCACAGGGCGUCUCAGAAAGGCAACCUCAAAGUUCACAUUCGCAGUCAUAAGCUGGGAACGCUCUCGAGCCACCAUACCAAUGAGGAUGAAGAGGGUGGGGCCGAGGAGGAGGAGAUGAGUGUUUCAGAGGGUCUCGACGGAGGUACAAGUCCAACUAAGAGCAGCUCAGCCUGUAACCGGGUGAUCAGUGGGGAUAGUGGUGAGGAGAGUAGGAGGAAAUUGCCUGGGAGGAGCAUGAAAAGAGAGAAGUCUGUUACUGACCAGAGGCCUUACUGUUGCCGUCUGUGUGGCUACGAGGCCCUGCGAGAAGACCAGCUCCUCAGCCAUAUUGAAAAGGUCCACAUAACAGCAGACACAGAGGAGACCACUGUUAAAGAAGAGGCGGUGGUCGAACCUGAUGCUCCCCAACCCCAGAGUGAUGGGACCUUCCCCUGUGAGACCUGUGGCCAGGUCUUUACCCAGGCCUGGUUUCUGAAGUCACACAUGAAGAAACAUGCAGGGAUCCUGGACCACUGCUGUCGUAUUUGUGGACGACGGUUCCGCGAGGCUUGGUUUCUCAAAUCGCACAUGAAAACACACAACACCAAAUCCAGGUCAAGGUCAAAAGCAGAUUCAGCUGAGCAUCCAGCCACCAUCAACGACGUAGCCCAGGAUCCUGAUCUUGUCACUGGCUCUGUUGCAUCCAUCUAUCAAAUGUGUUCCAAAUGUGGGAACCUGUUCCACAGCAGAGAGAGCCUGAGGGCCCAUGAAAAAGUCCACAGUCUCAGCUAUGGCAGGAAAUCCCAGAGUGAGUACAGACUCAGUGAUGAUGAGGACUCACCAGCUGCUAAGAGACGUUACCUUGACUUCUUAAACCUCCAGCCUGUUGACGAAAAGAACCUGGACGAAAAAGAGGAGAGUGAAAAGAAGAUGCUAGGUCAAAGAAUCCCAGAGCUAGAUCCAGUUUGCAGCUACCAGGCCUGGCAACUAGCUACUAAAGGAAGGGUUGUGGAGCCAGUUGAGCCGAAUUACAAGGCCUCCUUUGGGGGAGGAAGUAUGGGGGAGGAGUCCCUCGCCGGAGCUGCCGUGGUUUUUGAGAAGGAGAGCAGCCGUUAUGUCCUGCAAGGCCAAGAGAAACGCAGCUCGGGGCGACGCAGCAGCUCUGGUUUGGGAAGCCAUGCUUCCUCAGGUGACCGGACACCAGAGAGCCUCAGUGACUCCGAGUACCGGCCUUUGGCCCGCCAGGAACGACGGCGAUCAUCGCAGUCACAAGCCUCCGCCAAGUCCAACGAGUGCUUCGAGUGCGGGAAGGUGUUCCGCAGUCGUCACCAGAUGAUCGUCCACCAGCGUGUCCACAGAAAGGAUGGAGGAAGGGCAUCUGUGGGAGACAAGGAAAGAACUGCAAGAGACGACAGAUGGGGCUCCACCAGUGAUCCAGAGUCAGGCUCCCCUAGCCGGCCCAGCACCCCAGGGUAUGGAGACUCUCCACCAGCCUCCACCCUUGGAGAUCAGGCCUCAGAGAUGGGUACUGCAAACUCUGGAGACAUAGCAGAUGAAAAACCCUACAUCUGCAGCCUUUGUGACUUCGCCACCGCAGAGUUCAAGACCUAUUCGACUCACGUUCGUGUCCAACACGCGGCUGCUCCCGAGGAUAGACCCAGCCCCAUUCCUAGCCCCAGCUCCAGCUCGGACAGAGGCACCCCCAGUGGUUAUUCCAAGCUGAAGAAAGCUCUUCUUCAGGGGUUGAACAACUCUGCAUCCCCUCCUACUUACCUUUCAGCUCGAUCCUCCCCACUCGAUCCCAGCAUGACCCCUGUGGAUCUAUGUGUGAGGGCUGAGGGCUGCAGGGGCAUAGCCUCCCUAACCCUGGACAGGAAGAGCCUCCCUAGCCACAAGUGCUCCUUCUGUUCUCACUCCACCCGCUACCCCGAGGUGCUCUGGAUGCACCAGACUGUGGCUCACCGCAUCAACAGCAGCAGCUCCAAUCUUGCUCCUAAAUGGGCCCUUAAAAACAGCACCAAGGUCUCCAGGGACAACUUCUUAUCUUCCAGGAGACGGACUGGUCCUCCACCUGUCCUGGAGGGAAAGGAAUGUCCACCGCUGCCUCCAGUGAUGCGUGCUCAACGCACCCGGCCCCCAACUUACUCCAGCGAGGCUCCAAAGAAGAGCAAGCCAGCCAGCCAUGCAGCCAUGCCAUCACCAUCAUCCUCUACUCCCUCCUCCUCAUCCUCCAGAGGCUCCUCAUCCACCUCAGGCACCCAAGCUGGGAGAGCCCCCGUCCGGCCGAGCAGCAGCACCAGCAGCAGCAGCGUCAGACACAUGGAGGACCAGAGCCAUCAGUCUCGAUUCAGACCUAAAGUGGAUAUCUACCCUCGGGUAGCCUCAUUGUCUUCCUCCAGCUCCUUGGAGAAGAGCACUGGCACCUCACGUUCCUCAGCCCCAAGCCCCAGCUCUGCUACGGUGUCCCGGAUCGCUGACCGUUACUUGAUGCCUCAGGAGGGUCUGGGCUUCAUGCUUUCCAGCAAGCACGGCCUGGCAGAGUACAGCCGAGCCAGGGGUUCCCUACAUCAGCCGCUUCCCAACUCCCACAGCCAGAGCCGGGCCAACGCCGCGAGGCCCAGCACCAUCACCCACAGCUCCACAGCAGGACACGGCUACGGAGCCUCCCAGGCGCAUGCAGGCGCUCUGCUGAAUUCCUCCUCCUCUUCUUCUUUGCCUUCAGAGGCUCGUGGUGAUGUGAAGCAGGAGUCGAUCGCAGAGACACCGGAGAUGCCAACCGACAUCCUCAGCUUCCUGAAAAACUACAGCCCCCAUGAACUGGCUGCCCUCUACCCCCGCUGGGGUGCGGCCAAUGCACUGCUGGAUCCCACUGGGAUGCUGAGGUCUCUCAUGCGGCAGGGACAGUAUUUCUGUCAUGAGUGCGGGAAGAGUUUCAGUCAGCCCAGCCACCUGCGCACUCACAUGAGAUCCCAUACAGGGGAGAGGCCAUUCUGCUGCCAGCUCUGCCCAUACCGAGCCUCUCAGAAAGGGAACCUAAAGACGCACGUCCAGAGUGUCCACCAUAUGCCUUUUGACAACAGCCAGUACCCCGACACAAGGAGUUUGUUGCUGAGCCAGGAGGAGCCAGGAGUGCUGGCUGCCAAACACCCACCAAUGCCACAACAACAAUAGAUCAUCUGAUAGACCCAGAUCUGGACCAGAUAAGUCAAGGAAUCACACAACCCCAAAAACACCAUCACCAAUCCUAAAAACCAGAGGACUGGAAGUUGGACUCACACCUGACUUUUUGAGCCUCCAUCCAUCAGCCCUUGAUGACCCUAGAAGAAUUCUCUACAAUGAAGGCUCUCGUAGUUUUUGAACGUUUUUUUUUUUUUAUAU